CUCCGCGCGCCAAUGGCGUGGAGGGCGGCCCCGGCGAGCGUGGAGCCGGGGGAGAGGCGGGAUUCGCUCCCGAACCGGCCGAGCGCGGGCAGCUCCUGGGGCGCGAACGGCCCCAGCCCCGGGGCCUGCAGGGGCCGCGCGUCCGGAUCGGGCUUGACUUCGAUGACGAGGUCCGGCAUCUCCAUCUCGUCGUCUGCGUUGGCGGCGGGCGCGAGGUCUACUCGGCGGGGAGUGCUGCCGGCCUUGCGGCGGGACAUGGGUCGCGGGGAGGGCGCGCGGGCUGGCGGAGGACGCGCGAGCCGUGCGCUCAGUCCGGGGCGCUCAGGUGAGUGACUGCGGCGACCCGCCGCGAACUCUUACACGUGCUGGCCGGGCCGUGGCUCCGCCCCCCGGGGCGGGGCCUGACGGGAGAGGACGGGGCGGCCCCGCAGGGGCCCUGCGGGCAGCCAAACUCAAUCAGCGCCGAGCCCGCCGAGACUGGCAGAGUGGCCAGAUCUAAUCACCGUGCGUUCGCGCAACGCCGCACUCAGGCGGCUCUUCCUGAUGCCAUUUUAGGGCUGGUGACACUGAGGCCCAGGGGGCCGACGCGCCCCCGCGGCGAGAAAACGGUCAAGACCAUCUUUCUAAGUAGGCGCCUUGUAGUAAUCUGAACUAUAUGCAUGAGAAAUUCAUUCGACAGGCGUUUAUUGAGCACCUACUGUGUGCCAGGGUCUGUUCUAGGCAGUGGGAUACGGCAGUGAACAAAACAGAUACAAUCCUUGCCUUCAUGGAGCUCGUGCUCUAGUGGGAGAGACAGGCAACGAACAGGAUGGGCAUGUACAAUAGAGUGCUUUCCAGGAGGACCAGGGCCACGAAAAAAAAAAUAAAACUAGGAGAAGGGGCAGAGUUACUCGGGCGGGUGGCUUCAGUUUUCUCCGCUGCCAGGUAAGGGCACGUUGGAUUUGAGACCUAAGGGCAGAAAGAGAGCCAGCCAGCAGGGACUGUGUGUCCCCGCACAGCAAGGAGGAGGGGGCAGCGGGGUAGGUGACUCAGGUCAACGAGACAGUGGGGUCAGAUCCAAGAGGGUCUUUGGCCCCAUUUCAGGUCUUGGUUUUCCUGAGCUCAGAGCCAUGAGAGGCUUUGGAGCAGACAAGAGAUGGGUAACGAUCACAUCCAUGAACUCUGCUCGUAGACCUCGAAUCACAAUUAAAACCAAAUGGCUAACUCUCUACCUCCCUCCUCUCCACUCAGGCCUCCUGAAACUUCCCGCCUCAAAGCAUCCCUCACUCAUCACUGUCUGAACUUUAUUUUCUUCAAGGCAACAACCACAUCAGGAGACAGAACUGUUUGUCAACUGAUAGCCCCCCUCCCCCAACACAAGGCCCCCGAGGUCAAGGCCAGGGUCCAUCCUGCCCCACGUGUCCCCAGCCCAGGACUGAGUGAAUUUGGCAUUUCACAUGCUGAUGUCCUCGAGUGCUGCUCCAGGCAGGCCGGUUCCUCAUAUUGUUAUUCAGGUAUCAGCUCAAUUGUCCUCCUGAGAGCAGAGGGCCUCCCUGACCACCGGUAUCUAAAGUAGCCCCACCCUGCCCAAGGCCUCACAAUUAACACUCAAUGACCUCCGUCAGUCUGUCUCCACUGCCCUCCCGGGCCUCAGUAUCUUUUUCUGGAGUUUGGGAAGGUUGGAAGUGAAGUGGCUGCUUGUUCUUCAAUGCCACCCCCUCUGACCACCCAAUUAAAGAGGCUUCUGCAACCCUGCCAACACUCUAUCCCACUGUCCUUAUUUUAUUCUUUUUAUAUCACUUAUGCCCUGAAAGGUCUUUAUGUUUUUGCCUGUUUGUUCCCCGUUGUGCCCCCCCCAUCCCCAUUCCUCAGAAUGUAGGUCUGGAGAGGGCAGGAUCUGGGGUCUGUCAGUCAGUUUGAUCAACAGCUAUUUAUUGAGUUUCUACUAUGUGACUGGCAUUCUUUCAGCAGAUAUUUGCAUUAGGCCUAACUGUGCCAAGCUUUAGGACCUGGAGUUGGGGAGGGGGGGAAGCAGAGGCUCCUGUGGCCCCUUCCUUUGUGGAACUCCAGGUGAAGGAAGUUAAUUCUGUUGGAGCCCAGCGGAGCGAGGACCCACAACACCUCAGGCCAGACAUCCCCCCUCCCUGAGCCUCAGUUUCCCCUUUUGUAAAAUGAAACUGCAAUAAGGGCUAGAGGACAAAAUGACCCCCGUCCAUUCCAGCGGCUGUACGCCAAGCCUCUUGCCCGGAGUGCGGCUGCUAAGAGCCUGAUCUCAAGGUUUCAAGGGGUUCGGCCUGGAGGUGAGGGAUCGGUAGAUGUGUGUAUGUAUGGGAGGCUGGGAGUGCACAGCCCUGGAGGCGCCACAGACCAAGCUCUGCUCUUAACCAAGCCGGGAGGGAAGCUUCUCCUCUCGGAGCCUCAGUUUCUUUCUCCGUAAAAUGGGCAUCCCGGACGCCCCCACCUCACAGGCUGGCGGAUGAGACCGGGGCGCCCCGGCCGCCAGCGAGCGCUCCGCAGAGGCGGCGGGAUGCUCACGGAGCCCGCCCGCGACCACGUGGGAGAUCAGCGGCAGCGCGGGCGGAACUCAGGCUCGGCGGCUCGCGGCCUGCCCGGGCCUCUGCCAAGGGGGCGCCGGCGGAAGUCGGGGCGCCAGCCGCCGCGGACCUCGACGAGGAGACAGAGCCGAGGCUGCUCGUAGGGUUGCAGUGACCUCCCGAUGUCGUGUGCCAGGGCAAUGCAGACUCAACUGACUAUUCCUGUGCCUGUGCUCCGGCUACCUCGGGGUCCUGACGGCUCAAGCCGUGGCUUCGCCCCUGAUGGACGCAGGGCCCCCCUGAAGCCAUCACUUCCCGAAGCCCAGGACUUUCCUGUAAUUCGAGCAUCUCUGGAAUCCCAGGAACAGCGAGCCCGAGCCACCCUCCGGGAGCGCUACCUCCGCAGCCUGCUGGCCAUGGUGGGCCGCCAGGUGAGCUUCACAUUGCACGAGGGGGUGCAUGUGACUGCCCACUUUGGAGCCACUGACCUGGACGUGGCCAACUUCUACGUGUCGCAGCUGCAGACUCCGAUAGGGGUGCAGGCUGAGGCGCUGCUCCGAUGUAGUGACAUUAUUGGAUACACUUUCAAGCCAUAGAGACGUUAUUGUGGUCAACUUUCUGCCUUAGGCCUAGCCACAGUACUCCCCAGGCCUCAAAAUAUCCCUGGGCCGAGAACUGUGGGUUUCAAAGAACUUGGAGUCUCACCCCCAUGGAACUCAGGGCCUGGUAGAGUUCUGAGCUCCCCUGGGAUUUUGAGCCAAGUUUCAAGCAACUCUGGCUUCUUAGGGCCUCCAAAGACUAUUCGGUAAAAUUCUGCAACCCAAGGACUUCCAGAUACUGUUGAAAGGAAUGCUCUACUUCAAAGAACUCUGAACUCCAUAGAAAUAAGGGGCCAUAUCCCAGUUCCCAAGGACUGGGAGAAUAAAGGAAGGCAGAUAGCAGAGCAGAAAAUUGUUUAUUGAAGGGGUUGCAAAGUUCAGCCCUCCGGAGGAUACUCCCCAACGCUCCCCUCCUGCAAAAGAACUAAUUAUCCCAAGAAAA